AUGUUGGAUAAUUCAGGCUCAGACCUCGAGUGUUUCGAGACAUUACCUGACACCUUCAAGGCGGCCGGUCCAACAGCUGACGUUAUUCGCACUUGUAUGGCACAACACAUCAAAACUAUUCGAGUGGUCAAAUACUUGCGGUUCACAAACGUCCCACCCAGCGUGGUAGAACGAGACUUCUCCAAAUCCACGAAGAUGAUGUACAACUACGAGACACGGUCGCUAAUUUUAAAGCUGGUGGAUGGGGCCCAUGAAACGAUGAAGGCGACUAUCCAGUUGGCACUGCCUCAUGCGCUGUACAAUAUGGGAUUAGAGCAGUCGAUCAUGUUGACAGGGUCUGCACGCGUUAGAGGGGGGUCUUGUUUUAAAGAGCCCGACGGGUCAUGGGUCCCUUGGUCACAUUUGCCAGGGCGUGAUAGAAAGUGGCCAACUGUUGUGAUGGAAGUUGGAGUGUCAGAGUCGAUCGAGAAACUAAAAGCCGAUGCGGCAUGGUGGCUCGCAAACUCCGUAGGCCAAGUCAAGCUUGUGAUUAUUGUGUCGAUCAAUCAGACUUCUCCAGAAGUCACCUUCCAGACGAUUGUCCUAGACACAGCUACUGCUAUACCAACUGUGCGGCAGUCAGUUAGCACAUCUCGCGCGCCGAAACAACCCGACGCUCCGAUCAUUACUAGUCCCGCAGAACCUUUGAUCAUCAGGUUCGAGGAGAUGUUAUGUCGCCAACCAGUUCCCCCGGAGCAAGACCUCCAGAUUCCUCUUGAUUGGUUGGAAAGAGCCUCACGCUACGCCUGGAUGGAGCAACAGCUAUAA